AAAUAUAAUUUUUCUGUUUUAUGUUAUUUUUUAUCCAGGAGGCCAAACUGCUGGUUACUUCCAGCAGCCGGCGAGUUCCGCCCUUCAAUCUGGUCCGUUGCAGCAGCAUCAGGCAGCAGGUUACGGGAUACAGGGCAACAUAUUUGGUAACCCAAAUCAAUCUCACACAAGUGCCGGACUUCAGAAUUUUGGUUCGCACUUUCUCUCCUCCCCCAUGCAAUUGGCCGCGGCAGCAGCGUUGAAUGCGCAACAGUACAGAUCCCAGAACUUGCCUAACACGACCCCAUACAUUAAAAGCAUGACUGGGCAGCAUGUCGGGGACCAGGGCACCAGACAACUGAAAAGUCCCGCGAGUCAACAAGACGUACUUUCAUCAGUCUUUAAUUCUGGUCCUCAAAUCCCGUCUCCAAAAUCGAAACAGAAUCCGAAACAGCCUGUGCCUCAGUCAAGUCCCACUGCUCAACACAAAUACAAUCUAUAUCAGAGUGUCAACACACAGCAAAUAGCACAGAUGCAAAGAUAUCCGACACCAAUUCAGAGACCCAUGAAUUUUCAGUCAUCUAUGGGUUCAGUACAGCCGACCAGUAACGGGCCCACCAACAACAACCCUAAGCACAAGAGCAGUAAUCAAAACCAGAAAAUGAGACACUACUAUGGAUCUCAAGGUUCGAACCUGGGCAACGCGCAGCACGACAAGAUGGACGAGAAACUAACCGAGGCGGCUACCAACAACUCGGCAACGUCAAACUCCUCGACGAUGGUCAACAAGUCGCCGACGAUCAAUGCCGGAGGGGGCGGCGGAGUUGCUGUCGUCGGCGACGCGACCAAGGACCAGACGGUUGUUGUCGGUGCGACUAAAAACGAGGAGACCGUGAACACCGUCGUCAAAGAAUAGAUAAAAAAAAAGAUAAAAGAAAACGAAACAAAAAAGAGUAAUUAUCGUUAGCCAAACAGUACUAGCAGUAGUGUUUAAAUGGAGGUUAAGUUUCAACGUUUAUCUUGUCCUUUUUGUUUGUUUCGUGUUUUGGGUUUCGCACUUGUUCCUGGGCCAUUACGCACAGAGGACGCGCGUGUCUCAGUGCGCGUGCGCGUCUUAGUAAAUGUUUCAAAAAUGUGGAACGAUGCAAUUUUUUUUUGUUCAUUUCGUUCGUUUAUCUUUUUAUAAGGAGAGGAGCACUCGUAGGAAAAUUAAUCGAAACAUAGUAAUAAAGAAGAACGUUCGUUCGUAUUAAUGUUUAAGAGGAAAAAAAUUAAUUAUCAAAAUGAAAAAGAAGGAUGGGGAAAAAUUAUAAACAAGCCGAAAGCAGCGAGGGCCACUCCGUCGUUCUCUAACACUUGUCUACUGCCUUGUAUAUUUUUAGUGUUAUUUUAUAUAUGAAUAAUAUGGUUAUUGAUAUAUUGAUUAGAAAAAAAGUGUUGUAGCGCUUCUGGAUGUUGAAGGCGAGGACGCCUCUUAGUAGAAUUUAAGUGGUCACGAGACGAAGAUGGUGAUUAUAAUAAUUAUAAUAAUGAUUGAUUAUGAUACACGUCGAAUAAUUAAUAAUUAUUUAGUGUUUAUUGGGAACUGUUGAUGAUAAUGAUUAUCAAAAAGCAGGAGGAAAAAAUGCAAAAAAUGUAAUAACUUAUUGAAAAAUAUAAAUGUAAAAUUAGUAUUAUGUAAUUUUAGGCAAAGUAAGAAGACUUUUAUUAACAUAACAAGUACUACUUACUGUCGUGGUAAUUUUUCCUUUUUUCUCGUACGCUCGUUGCAUGUAAGUAUAUGUAUGAUAGGACACUUCCGCGUUUUAUCUAUUUCCUCAGUCAAAAAAGUUAAGUACAUAUAUCAUUGCAAUGUAUCUAAUACAAAAAAAGAGACAAAAUAAAUAUCGUAUAUAUAAUAUAUAUUGUAAUGUGCAAACAAAGGAAAUAAGAAUGAAAAAAGGAUUGCCAAAUUUGUUUGGUCCUUUUUCCCCGCCCCCCAUUCUCAUUCUUCGUGGUGAUUGUACAGGUGUGAUGUUUGUGUUUGUCUGUCUGUGUACUAAUUUAUUUGGUGCGCGGGUUUUUCUCCUUUUGUUUCUUGGAGACACCUAAUAUGAAACACAGUAACGAACUGCUGUUAUUCUAUUUCGUUCCUUCCCAUCACACCCGCGUUGCAUGUGUGCAUUGAAUUGUCUUAUUUAAUUUGAAAUGAACCGCACCCCUUCUGCGGUAGGCGGUGGUGUUAAUCAGUCGUUUUGACUAGAUAACUGAGAAUUUCAUAUUAGUUCGAGCACACUUGCAAAUAAUGUCCUGUUCGGCAUACAUUUAGUAGUAAUUGAAUAUAAAUGAGAUUUAUA